CAAUGUCCUUAAGAGACCAGACCUACACCGUAUGAUGGAGAUGACGGCUCAGAAGCUGAGACUGAUGGGAGGGACUGUAGAGCUAGUGGACAUCGGAGAACAAGAACUUCCUGAUGGGCAGACGCUGGCGUUGCCUAAAGUGGUGACAGCUCGGUUUGGCACUGACUCCAGCAAGUACACAGUGUGUGUUUACGGUCACGUGGAUGUUCAGCCAGCAAAGCGAGAGGACGGCUGGGCCACAGAUCCAUACAACCUGACUGACAUCAAUGGUAACCUGUAUGGAAGAGGAGCAUCAGACAAUAAGGCCCCAGUUUUGGCCUGGAUCCAUGCUGUAGAGGCCUACCAGGCCCUCAAUAUGGAGCUGCCAGUGAACGUGAAGUUUGUCAUUGAGGGCAUGGAGGAGACAGGCUCUAACGGGCUGGACGCCAUGAUUCUGGCCCAGAGAGACACCUUCUUCUCAGAUGUGGAUUACAUCAUUAUUUCAGACUGUGGCUGGCUUAGCAGACGGCCCGCCCUCACCUAUGGCACCAGAGGCAACUGCUACUUCUUUGCUGAGGUCGAAGGACCCAAACAGGACUUACAUUCAGGUGUUUAUGGAGGCACUGUGAUCGAACCAAUGACUGACCUCAUUGGCAUUCUUGACACUCUGAUCAGUCCCAGUGGAAAGAUCCUGAUUCCUGGGAUCAGAGAGGCGGUGGCUCCCCUCUCUGAUGAAGAAUGGAAGAUGUACCAGGAUAUCCAGUUUGACAUGGACAACUACAAGAAUAAGAUUGGUGUCAAUCAGCUCAUGUACAGCAACAAGGUGGACUUGUUGGCUCACAUGUGGCGUUACCCCACCGUCUCCGUCCACGGCAUUGAGGGGGCCUUCUCUGAUCCUGGAACUAAGACUGUCAUUCCUGCUAAAGUCACUGCUAAGUUUUCAAUUAGACAAGUUCCCAACAUGGACCCGGCUAUGGUCAAGAAACAGGUUACGGACUACCUUCACUCUGUGUUUGCUAAGAGGAAGAGUCCCAACAAGUUGAAAGUCACGAUGGUGAUCGGGGCUAAGCCUUGGCUGGCUGACACUCAGCAUCCUCUCUAUGAGGCUGGCAAGGCUGCUGUCAAGAGAGUUUUCGACAUGGAUCCUGAUCUGAUCCGUGAGGGCGGGACCAUCCCCAUUGCCAGAACCUUCCAGGAUGUGACGGGGAAAAGCAUCAUCAUGAUGCCCAUUGGAGGCUUUGAUGAUGGGCUGCACUCCCAGAACGAGAAAAUGAGCAGAUACAACUACAUCGAGGGAACCAAGUUAUUCAUUGCCUACCUGAACGAAGUGUCCCAGAUCAAAAAGACCAGUGUGUGAUGUCUCACGGUACAAUGACCUCUUCAGUUACCAGCCCAGCAAGAGCAAACUUUAACUUGAUGUUUUCAAUGUGCCUUCAUCUGUAUCUUAUGCAUUGUUGUAUCUUUUGGUGCCAAGCUUCUAUUUAUCUGUAUUAUUAAGCACAUCUUUUAUUUCUUUCUCUUUCUGAAGUUCUCAAACUCAACAAU